GUCCCGGUCCCGCUGGUCCCGCUGUGAGCAGGUCCCGGUCCCGCUGUGAGCAGGUCCCGGUCCCCUGUGGACGCACACCGAGGAUUCCUGGCGCGUCAUCCUUCUACCUGUCCAACAGGUGCGGCAGCAUUCAUGGUCAUCUAUGGGUGAGUGUCUGCGCAAAGCCUGUCCGUGUCUGGAUCAGCUGUGGCAGAGGAUAUUUGGCGACAAGAAACCCGCAGCUGGAGGAGUAAAUGUCGGGAAUGAAGCGGGCACCGGGGGCACCGGCGGUGUGGAGGAGGAGACACCGAGCCCGAGCCCGAGCCCGGCGUCGUCUGUGCACGAGAGGGGGCCCGAGAUCGGCUCCAUCUACACGGCGAUAUGGGGGUUCGAGUCCCGGCACAAGGACGAGCUGUCCUUCCAGGAGGGGGACCUGUUCAGCGUCAUCAGCCGCACCGGGGACUGGUGGACGGCGAGGAAGAUCGACAAGAACGGAUGCGUCCUGAGCACCGGGAUCGUGCCAAACAACUACCUGGCCAGGGCUGAAUCCUUAGAAAUACAACCGUGGUUUUUUGGGAGAAUGAACCGCUUCGAGGCCCAAAGUCACCUGCUGGCUCCAGGAAACGACCACGGAGCUUUCCUCAUCCGGCAAAGCGAGAAAGACGACAUCGGAUACGUUCUUUCAGUGAGGUCAAACGAUCGAGUGAAGCACUUUAAGGUCCUUCAAGGAAACGACAAUGGUUUUUACGUGGAACCAAACCGGUUCUUCACGUCUCUGAUCGACCUGGUGGAGUUCUACUGUGCCAACAGCCUGAACACUGCACACAAACUGGGAAACCCCUGCAAGAGGAAAAAGCCCACCACUCCAGAUUUGAGUCAUUUCACGGUGGACGAGUGGGAGCUCCCGAAGGAGGAGUUCUCCCUGGAGGAGCAGCUGGGCAGCGGCUACUUCGCUGAUGUCUACCGGGGACGCUGGAAGAACAUGAUUAAAGUCGCCAUCAAGAUCCUCAAAAGUGACUCGGAGCUGAAUCACCGUGAAUUCCACAGGGAAGUCCAGAUUCUGAAGAGCCUGCGCCAUCGUCACCUCAUCUCUCUGUUUGCGGUCUGCACGGCUGCGCCGCCUUACUACAUCAUCACCGAGCUGAUGGAGAAAGGCAGCUUGCUGAGUUUCCUCAGAGGUCCAGAGGGACAGAAACAAGACGUUGCGUCCCUCAUCGACAUGGGUGCCCAGGUGGCUGAUGGGAUGUCAUACCUGGAGGAGAAGAACAGCAUUCACAGAGAUUUGGCAGCUCGAAACGUCCUGGUGGGAGAGGACUACAUCUGUAAGGUGGCCGACUUUGGACUGGCCAGGGUGAUCAAGGAGCCGUUCUACAUCACAGAAGAUAAAAAGAUUCCCUACAAGUGGAGCGCUCCCGAAGCCAUCAGCCACGGGAAGUUCUCCAACAAGUCAGACGUCUGGUCCUUUGGUGUCCUGCUUUAUGAGAUUACCACCUACGGAGGCAUUCCUUACCCAGCUUUAAGCAACCAGGAAGCGUACCAGCAGGUUUCCAGCGGCUACAGGUUGCCAGCUCCGGCCAAAUGUCCCGCCUUCCUCUACCAGAUCAUGCUGAAAUGUUGGAGUGCCGACCCAGCAGACAGGCCGGACUUCAAGUCCCUCAAAGUCCACAUGGACAGCAGCUCCUACGAGCUGGACUGACCGCCCACCAACCUCCUGCAGUACAUGCUCACCGCCACAGAGGGGCAGCGAAGCUGGUUUUACACGGAGAAGAGACUUUGUUAGAGAAUUGGCAACAUUUUUUUAAUAAGAUUUUUAUAAUAGAUUUAUAUAAUAGACAGAAAAUGCCAAAAAUUCUCUAGUUUUGUAAACAAUGAAUCAAUGAAUUGAGACAAUAAUGCAGCAGAUCAAAGAUAAUAUAAAUGUAUAGAGAAUAAUUAACUCAAAUAUUCAGUUUGAAAAGAUGAUUACAGUCCAAACUUAAAUGAGGCGGGAAGCCGAAGCCAACACAAAACUGCCAACAUGUUGGAAGAUUUGUUAUCAUUUUUUUUCAUUAACCUUUUUGGAGAAUUACAGAAAUUACACAGAAGAUUGAAGUGAACUUAAGAGGACGGUUUGACGUCAUAUUUCUGGGGUUUCAACCCAAGAACGUUUCACACGAGGUGUGUGACGGUUUACAGCCGACAGGGAACCGUGAAGACGUGCACGUCGAAGUCAGAAUUGGCAUCAAACACAACGAACAGCGACACACAAGUCAUUCUGAAAUUCAUGUAAACACACAGAAAUGUUCAGAGAGAAACACACCAACUGUGAACUAAUCAAACUUCUAAUCGAACCUCAUUACUCUGUCCACCAGGAGGCAGCACAGUCACAUCAAUCUAUUUCUCUUCUUGUAGUUACUAUUUUUAUCACACACACACACACACACACACACACACACACACACACACACACACACACACACACAGCUGCUGUAAACUACACACCUGUCCCAUUAACCAGCUGAACUCAUGCAAACUAUAAAUCUUCCUCCAGACGAGGAUCUCAGCUGUCGCUCAGCUACUUUUUGCAUCAGUGCCAUAAAUCAGCGUGCCGCCACUGCUAAAAUUAUUCUGAUAAAAUAAUUAUUAGAACUUUGUGUUGCAUGAAUGUUUUUUUCUGGUUUCCACAGGUUAAGAAACACUGCCACAGACGGCAUGUGUGGACGAGAACAAACAACAGUCAUUGUCAAAAUCAAACGUCAGCAGUUCAAAUGAAGGAUCGUACCACAUAUCUGUGUGUUUGUACAGUCGUCUGUAUAAAGUUCUUUUUGUAUUCCGUCUGUUUUUAAUGUGUAAUGAUGAAAUAUGUGUAUAUAAAUAAUGUAAUAAGGA